AUUGAGGCUUCAAUGGCCCAACUCAUCGAUUCCACGAGCGCGAAGGAGUACGACAGUCAGAAAGCACUGCUUCUUGACUUACUUGGCGGCAAUAAACAGCACAAGCUGUACCAAUUGUUUGUGAAGAACUGGGAUAACACGCAAGACGAGUGGGUUGCGUAUCGACGAGGAAACAUCCCACAUCUCAGAAACAACACGAACAAUAGACUCGAAUCAAAGUGGGGCAAACUCAAGCAGCUAAUUAUGUCAGACUACCCCAUGGACGAGCUGGUAUCGACGCUGAUCAUGAUCCAAGAAUGGGCAGAAGAUGAGUACGUCGAAGAGUACAACAAA